CGCUUCUCCGGGUGCGGUCAAUCGCAAGGAGAGACCAGAGUGGAGUUGGGCCAUCCAACCUCCGGGUUUCCAGGAAAUGUGUCAUUAGUCUUUGCGAGCAGGUUGAAGAGGAGCGGACAGACCCCGGCAGGUGGCAGGUUUCGGGAGCGGGAUGUACUUCUGGGGCGCCGGCCCUGGGCGGCUGCGUCGGGAACGGACCAGAGCGAGCGGCGCCGAGCUUCAGCAAGCAGCCAGCGGGGAGCGCCACUCGCUGCUGCUGCUGAGCGAUGGUACAGUCCACUCGUGUGGGGACAACAGCCGGGGCCAGCUGGGCCAGAGCGGCGUGACGCGCGUGGAGCGGCCAGUACCAGUUAAGGCAUUGGAAACUCUACACGUUGGUCUUGUGAGCUGUGGAAAGGAGCACUCCCUGGCUGUCUGUCACAGAGGCAGGGUCUUUGCGUGGGGAGCUGGUUCUGAAGGACAGCUGGGGAUUGAAGAAUUUAAGGAAAUAGUUUUUACACCUAAGAAGAUAAAAACUCUGGCUGGUAUAAAAAUAAUACAAGUUUCCUGUGGAAGCUACCAUUCCCUGGCAUUAUCAGAAGAUGCCCAAGUGUUUUCAUGGGGAAAGAACAGCCAUGGGCAGCUGGGCCUGGGGAAGGACUCCCCCUCCCAAGCCAGCCCACAGAGGGUGAUGUCUCUGCAGGGGAUCCCUCUGACUCAGGUGGCUGCAGGAGGGGCCCACAGCUUUGCCCUGUCUCUCUCUGGGGCUUCAUUUGGCUGGGGAAGCAACAAUGCAGGGCAGCUCGCCCUCAGUGGGAAGAAUGCCCUAGCAAUGCAAAGCUACAAGCCUCGUUCAAUUGGUGCACUGAAGAGUCUAGAUGUGAUUUAUAUCAGCUGUGGUUAUGAACACACUGCAGUGCUUACCCAGGAUGGGAAAGUGUUCACAUUUGGAGAUAAUAGCUAUGGACAGCUGGGACACAGCCCCACUUCUGAGAAGAGAGUUCCACAACAUGUGGAAAGAAUUGAAGGCCUAGUUUCGCAGAUAGAUUGUGGAAGUUUUCACACCCUUGCAUAUGUCUACACCACUGGUCAGGUGGUGUCUUUUGGUCGUGGACCAAGCUGCACAAGCACCCCAACUCAUCCAGAAGCCCAGACAGAGAACUUUGACAUUAGCUGCCUGAUUUCUGCUAAUGACCUUGAGGGUGUUCAAGUCAAACACAUUUUUGCUGGAAUGUAUGCCAACUUUGUGACAACUUAUCAGCAUACUAGUUCCACAGAUGUUUCCAAGAAAACUUUGCCAGAAAUAAGACGAAUUAACCAGUCCCUGACAGAAAAAUGGAUGACAGUGGCAAGUGGAAGAACCAAACGUGAAGAGGCUGAGAGGGAAAUUGAAGUGAUAUUUUCAUCUCCUGCUUGUCUGACUGCAAGUUUUUUAAAGAAAAGAGAGCAUGGAGAAACUAAUUCCAUUGAUGUGGACUUACAAAUGGCAAGAGAUACCUUCGAGAAGUUAACAAAAAAGGAAUGGAUUUCUUACACGAUAACUGAAUAUCUCAGGAAUAAGCUGCUCAAAGCUCUUCCAUGUUGUUCUCCACACCAAGAAGCAUUAUCCGUUUUCCUUCUGCUCCCACAAUGUCCUGUAAUGCAUGUUCCUAAGAACUGGAGGGAUCUGGUGAUUCCAUUUGCAGAGGCUGUUUAUAAAAUGAGUGACCGAUCUUUAGGACUACUGAAGCAGUGCUGGGCAUCUUUGCAAGAAUCUUCUCUCAACACACUGGUCCAGAUGCUUAAAAUUGCCAUCGUUGGUCAAGUGUCUUUUUGGACUGAAACUGAGCAGAGUAUCUACAAUGUUAAAGCUCUUCUAAGAAUGAUGAAAGAAGUGCACAAGGUAAACAAAGCUAACUGUCAACUACCAGAAAAUGCCUUCAACAUAAAUGAACUUCCUGAUUUGUUGCACAUCUGUGUGGAAAGGAUAAGAAUGAUCAAUAGGGACAAUAACCUGGUACUCACGGAAAAGAGAGUCUGGGAGUUUCUUGUUAUUUUCAGGGAUUUUCCAUUUGUCUUUAAUUUGCUACACAAAAUUAAAUUAUGGAAAUAUUUCCAUAUGAAAAUGUUGCAGACAAAUAGGUUUCCACCAGGAGAGAAUGAAGUCCCCCAAUUACUCCCAUUUGUACUUAGAGUGAGACGAAGUCACCUAACUGAAGAUGCUCUGCGACAGUUGAGUCAAGCUGAAGUCACUGACCUCUGGAAAACAUUAGAGAUUGAAUUUUCUAAAGAAAUUUAUUCCAUGGGUAGAGGAGUAAAGUCCGAGUUCUUCUACUGUAUAUUUGAAGAGAUGACCAAGACUGAAUAUGGAAUGUUCAUAUAUCCUGAAGGGGGUUCCUCCAUGUGGUUUCCUGUCAGCCCUAAAUUGGAAAAGAAGAGGUAUUUUCUCUUUGGGAUGUUGUGUGGACUCUCCUUUUACAAUUUAAAUGUUGCCAAUCUUCCUUUCCCACUGGCUCUGUUUAAGAAAUUGCUGGGCCAAAAGCCAUCACUGGAAGAUUUAAAAGAACUCAGUCCUCUCUUGGGGAAGAAUUUGCAAGAAGUUCUAAAUUAUGAAGCUGAUGACAUUGGAGAAUGUUUUGACUUGUAUUUUUCUCAACACUGGGACGAAAGUGAUGUUGAUUUAAUUCCAAAUGGGAGCUCUAUACUUGUGGACCAAACCAACAAGAAAGACUUUGUUUCUAAGUAUGUUGAUUACAUUUUCAACACUUCCGUAAAGGCAGUUUAUGAGGAAUUUCAGAGAGGAUUUUAUAAAGUUUGUGACAUGGAACUCCUUAGACUUUUCCAGCCUGAAGAACUAAUGGCAGCAAUGGUUGGAAAUACUGAUUAUGACUGGAAACAAUUUGAAAAGAAUUCAAAAUAUGGUCCAGGAUACCAUAAUCAAGGAGAGUCACAUCCUACUAUACUGAUGUUUUGGGAAGCUUUCCACAAAUUAACUUUGGAUGAAAAGAAAAAAUUCCUCUUUUUUCUUACAGGAACUGAUAGACAGCCUGUAAGAGGAUUACAAGAAAUGGGAAUCAUAUUUCGCUGUCCUGAAACUUUCAGUGAAACAGAUUGCCCAAGAUCACUCGUAUGUCAUAAUAUUCUGGACCUUCCUAAAUAUUCUACAAUGGAAAGAGUGGAAGAAGCACUUCAAGUAGCCAUCAACAGUAACAGAGGAUUUGUCACAACCAAGGUCACACAGUAAUAGUGACCUCUGAGAGUCUCAGUGAGACCUCAGAUUCUCAGGUCCUCUCUCACCUGUGAUUGUGAUGUUCUUCUUCAGGUCUACAUAGUACAAAGGGUUGAUGGAUUUUAAUUAGAAUUAGUUGAUAAAUGUUGAGAUAAACAAUAAAGUGAUGAAUCAAGAUAAUAUUUUUAAUGAAUCAUAUUUCCUGAUACCUAAACUUGCUAUUAGAAUGUUUAUUGAAUUACUUCCUGAAUAAUAAUUAUCAUUUAAAAAUAGGCUGAAUAUUAAAAACUAACAUAUUUUUUAAAAUAUUAUUCAUCUAAUAAACACUGCCUGCAAAUAUGAAAGUCUGAAAAAAUAAACAAAAAUGUAAACUAAUUCAACAUGAUUUUGAGGCAUAUAGAUGUAUAUUUUAUACUGUGGAAUAUUGCCAGAGUUUUAAUUUUAACCAAAUGAUGAAUAAUUUUUUUGAAAAAUCUGAAAAUCUAAUUGUUAAGGGAUUCAUUAAUUCAUUGAAUAAUUACUUAUGCUCAAUCAUUCUAAAUGCAGACAUCAUUAUUUUGGUUAAAAAUACUGAGUCCAACCAGGAACUCUUGUUUAAUUAUAACUGGGGAAAUGUGAAGAACCUGAAAUAUGUCUCAGCAUCAUGGCUAUAGAGUAAAUUAAAGAAGAGAUGUAAGUAUGGUUGGAAAUGACCAAUGAAUUUUGUGAUGAGUUCUAUCUAAUGUUAAAUUUUAAACUAAGCUG